GCGUGUGUGUGUCAGCCGGGAAGUUCCCAACAUGUCAGCCAGCACAGACUUUGACUGCAUCGUGAUUGGAGCGGGAGUGCAGGGUUCCUUCACUGCCUACCAGCUGGCCAAGAAGAACCAGAGGACGCUGCUGCUGGAGCAGUUUGUCCUGCCACACUCUCGGGGAAGCUCCCAUGGCCAGACCCGCAUCAUCCGAAAGGCGUACGAGGAGGAUUUCUACACCCACAUGAUGGGCGAGUGCUACGAGCUGUGGGCUCAGCUGGAGAAGGAGGCGGGAGUCAAACUGUACAGACAAACAGGGCUCCUGGUAACGGCACCGGAGAAGGGGCGGAGCUUCCAGCUCAUUAAGAACACCCUGCAGAGGAACAAGGUUCCCAUCGUGAUCCUGACGCCCGACAACUUCAGCCAGCACAUCCCCAAUGUUCACCUGUCUGAGGGGGAUGGGGCCCUGGUGGAUGUGACUGCUGGAGUCCUGUAUGCUGACCGAGCCCUGCGCACCGUACAGAGUCAGUUUCAGAAGUUAGGCGGAGUCAUAAGAGACCAGGAGAAGGUCACAGACGUCAAGCCGGGCGCUGUAGUCACAGUGACGACCUCUGCUGGGGUCUACCAGGCCAGGAGCAUCGUGAUCACCGCUGGACCCUGGGCCAACACACUGCUGGGACACACCGGGCUGCACCUGCCUCUGGAGGUCCAGAAGAUCAACGUGUGCUACUGGAAAGAGAAGGUUCCUGGCUCGUAUGACCUUAAGCGCCGGUUUCCCUGCUUCGUAGUACCUGAGUGUCAGGAGACCGACGUGCACAUCUACGGCCUUCCUUCCAACGAGUACCCCGGCCUGAUGAAGGUGUGCUUACAUAUAGGUAAGAAGACCGAUCCGGACCAGCGGGACCAGCAGAGCGACCGCUCCGACAUCGCCCUGCUGAAACGCUACAUCUCCCGCUGCCUGCCCGGCCUGGAGCCCGAGCCGGCGGUGGUGGAGAGCUGCCUGUACACGAUGACCCCGGACCGGCACUUCGUGUUGGACCGUCACCCCACUUACAAGAACAUUGUGAUCGGUGCAGGGUUCUCAGGUCACGGCUUCAAGUUCGGGCCCAUCGUUGGAAAACUUCUGAGUGAGCUGGCUCUGGGAGAAGUGCCGUCCUACAACCUGUCACCUUUCAGCGUCGCACGUUUCCAGGGAAAGCUGCAGUCGGCCCUUUAGAGCCGCAGGUUUAGCCCCAUUGGUUUGAACCACCUGAUUCAGUUCGACGCUGCCUUCAUUUGAACACUGAAUCUCCAACACACCCUCACAUCAGUCACUAAAAUCAUUUUUUAUGGCACUCAAUCUUUUAGUAAAGCAUCAGCAACUUUUUAAACAACAUUUGAAAAUGUGCUUCAUAUAUGUGUGUAUAGAGAUGUGAAAUUUGACUGGGAUAUGUCUCUACUUCACUUUGUCUUUUCAGAGUGAAACUGACUUUCAGCACAAAACUAAUGCUCUUAAAAUCAGGAAACUUCAGAUCUCAUGUUCAGCUUAUUGUGGAUCAAUCUUCUGAUCACAGCCUAAUGAAGCUACAGCGUCACGUCAUCCCUGGAAAAGAAACACUGCUGCUGCAUCCAGUGGGGCUGCAGUCCAUGCAUCUUCCAUAAACUGUAGAAGGAAAAAGAAAACUUAAAAUGUUAAGACAACAGGCUGCGUUUUUGAGUUUUCUCAUCUUCUGCCCACUGCUGUUGACUUAACUAAAUUUAUAACAACAAGAGUUUUGGUUCACCUCAUGAGGAUAAUCCUGGAGGCCCAACAGAGAAGUCGUGGCUUUAAUGGCUGUUUCCGAUGUCACUAGAUGCAGAUGACUCGUUAAACUAAUGUACAAUUAUUCUCUCAACUCAUGUAUUUCUACAUGGAUCAAACAUGGGUUUUCUUGAGUAUUAAUUUUUCCUCCAGAGUUGAAAAUGUACCUAUAGGAAAAUGUUUGUUGUAACUGAAAAAUGAAAUGAAUAAAUAAGAUUCC